GACAUUCGGGUCGUAGGGUGUCCCACGCAUUUCCGCUUCACUACAACCUGCUUGCAGACAUGGGGACAGAAAGCAGGGAGGGCCUCGGCUCCACACCCGGGUACAGCCCUGCACGCCAGCUCCCAGUUCCCCGGAUUCUGCGGUGCAGCCGGGAAAUCACGCCGCCCGGCCACCUUCCCACUGUGCGGCCCUUUGCCGCCCCCUGCCGCCGCGGCGUGGACACGGCAGGCCCGCCCACCCGCCUCCGGAUUGGCCAGUGUGAAGGACUCCGGCGCCGAGGCCCCGCCUCCUCUCCGGGUCCUUUGAUCACGCGCCGGAGGGCUCUUCCGGGGCCAGAGCCAACCCACGGUGUUGCUGUCAGAGCUGCUCGGCGGGAGGUAAUGUACGUGCAGAAGAAAAAGCGGGUGGACCAGCUUCGCCAUCACCUGCUCCCCAUGUACAGCUAUGACCCUGCAGAAGAGCUCCACGAGGCGGAGCAGGAGCUGCUGUCUGAUGUGGGCGACCCCAAGGUGGUGCACGGCUGGCAGAGCAGCUACCAGCACAAGCGAAUGCCCCUGCUGGACAUCAAGACAUGACGGUUCACACCCUUCUUACUUGCUAUCCACAGCUGGCCCUAAGCCAAGCCUGUUUUCCUUGUGGAGUGGGUGACAGCCUUGCUUUCUCUAGCCUGCUUGGACCUUGCUGUGGCACAAUCCAAGAGGCCUCUGGAGUUGUUCCCAUGGAGACAGGCCCAGAUGUAUAGUAUCCGAUGUAUAUAUUUUGUAAAUAAACUUUGAUGGCUUCACUUUA